CCUCUAUUCGCGGAGGCCGACAACACUUCAAGAUGACGUUCCUGAUCUCGAGUCGAUACGUCGCGGUCCGAGGGUUCGGCACAGCCGACUGCCGCCAAGUCCCAGCAUGGCCGCAGACGCUGGAUGGAACGUACCGAGAAGCACUAGAGAGUUGUGGGGGGCCCUCGAUCGUUUGCGCAGGCUGAUGCUCAUCUCGGCCAUCCUUCUCGAGCUGUCCAUCCUCAGCCUGGUCUCCAGCGUUACCGCUGCCGUCGUGGAACACGCCGAGCAGGGACACGUCGGCCUCGGCCUGGUGGCUUGGGCCGCUGUUAGCAGCGUGUUCGUCCUCAUCCUCGCCGGCCUGCUGGGCAUCGCGUUCCUUCGAUAUCGGAGGAUGGGAAAGGACCUUGUUUCGGGGGAGAAUUGGAUCGAGAUGCAUCUGCGGUCCAGACCGCUCCCUCCGCGGCCGCAGAGCGAGGAGCGCGAACAAGACAGCGGCGCCACAGAGGCGUGGCAGAAGUUCGUCCAGGACCACGAACAACUCCGCCGGUAUGUCGAGCUCCUCGAGAGUCGCAUCGGCGUCCUUGAGGAAGGCCGACUCGGUGCAAACCAGCGAAACAACGGGUGCAGCAACUCUGAAACCGCCGGAGCCGGCAGCAGUGCGGCCGGUAACCUGGAGAACGGCAAAGGCCAGCCUGGCAUCCCAACCCACGGCGAUAACACCCCGAAGGCGAAGAAGCCGGGUUUGAUGGAUUCUCUAUCCUGUCGCCAGUUGCUGCAGGCCGGGGAUGAGGGGGCUGAGCCCGAGCCGUGGUUGUGCAACGAUAGGAACGGCGCCAUCUUGAAGUCCGACACGAAGACCAGCAUUCUCACCGAGCUGUGCGCCGCAGUCACCGAGGGGUACAGUCCGCUGUCUCAGCAGAUGGUGCGCGGAUCGCCUCAUUUUGCGCAACAUCCCAGUACCCACACAACAGCCGCACGAUCGCGUAGUAAGACUCUCCACCUCGUUGAUCUCCCUGAGAGGGCCGUUGUCCACCAGCGUGGUGCGCGUUCGGUGGACAUUCUGGGGUGCAAAGUGAAAGAUAUCUGAAUCAAGGCUCGACGAGACCCGGCCAAACAAACGGACAGAAAGGGGUAUUCUCCCAGGUGGGGCUGUAGCCUGUAUGUGCGAGCAC